AUGAUAGUCAACCUUGAAAUCCGGCACGACACCGCAACCGCGGCCAUCACCGCCUCCCCAGACGACAGCUCCCUCGUAUCCACCCUCAUCCCACUCAUCCAACCCACCGUCCCCUACCCGCCCACAAAAUGGGACCUCUGCUUCGGCUCCGUCUGCCUCCUCCCCACCCGCACCCUCCUCUCCUACCACAUCCACGACGGCGCAAACCUCUGGGUGCGCCCCCGCGCACACUCGCUCGACACUGGCGUCUUCCCACUGACCCUGCGGUUCAAGCAGGCGGGCGGCAAACAUACCGUGCAGCUUGCGCUGACCACGGAGUACACUGUUGACGCUGUGAAGCGCGAGCUGCGUAUGGUGGUUGGUGAGACGAGGAGUACGGGGUUCUGUUUGUAUAGGAAGAGGGAUGAGGCGAAGCGCGGGGAUGUGGAGAGGGGGUUGGAGGUGGGGGCGGAGGAGGAGAUGAGGAGGGGGGUGGAGAUGGAGGCGGGGAAGACGCUGGGGAGUAGUGUGACGAGGGAGGUGAGGAGGAAGGCGAGGAAGGCUAAGGAGAAGGCGAAAGAGAGAGUGAAGGGGCUGAAGGGGAGGUAUAGGGGGAAGAAUGUGGGGGUGAGAAAUACAGAUGGAGGGGUGAAUGAUGAGAGGGUAGUAAACACAAACACAGACGGAGAGGGAGCUAGUCAGAGUGCUCGGGUAGUGGUUCAGAGUAUGGGAGAGGACGAAUGGGAUAGCGAAGACGGAGAAGGUGAGGAAGCGGGGGUAAACGGUUGA